ACUAGACAAGUGAGCAUUUCAUUCGUUCCUGGAAUUGAAAGUACUACUAUAGGCGAAGACGCAACAAAUUCUGGGGUGAAGUUUGUGCAUCCAGAAGACAUCAAGGUCUGCAAUUUGUUAUACCCGCAGUAAAAUUUUUGGCUUAGUUUUUCGGCUGUUUUUUAUUGCGAAAUGAAUAAAACGAAAACCAAAAAGUAUCGUGUUAAAGAAAAUGAUCCUGUUUGGGCUAAAAUGAACGGUUUGUGUCACUGGCCAGCCAUUGUCACGAAAAAAACCAUGACGUCUUCGAACAGUUCAAAAUUUUUGCGUUGGGUUUAUUUCCUAGACCAUCAUAAGUACGCCUGGGUUGAAGACACAAACAUCAAGCCUUAUGAGGAAUUUAAACGGCAUUUCGGAAGGAAAAGCGUUGAACCUGCAAUGAAGGAAAUGGAAAAAAUUAUUGCAAAUAAGACGAGAGAUCCAAAGUAUAAAGUAAUAUUUCCAAUUCACGUAAAAAAGGAAAAAUCAAACGCAGUUACUAAAAAGAGAUCGGUGCCAAAAAGGGAAUGUAACACUCCUAAACCCAAAAAGGAAGCUAAACUUUCCAUCCCUGCUUCAUCUAGUGACAAAAAAAAUCUACUUCAGCCAGUAAAUUUGAGUGCCCAUCGUGUCGUUACUUCAAAGAAGUUUUUCGGAAUUUUGGCUAGUAACGUUAAUUAUGCUAGAGGGAUUAUCAAGAAACUCAUCUCUUCAGGGCACCAACUUUACAUAUGGAGCCCGAGCUUUUUAAUUACCCAAGAGAUGCGAGGUUAUGCCGAACAACAAGGAUCUUUUUUAAGAAUUUGCGAUAAUCAGAGCGAAGUGGUUAAACACUCUCAGAUAAUAUUCAGCUGUCUCUUGAAUCCUGAAGAAGCCGAAGCUAUGAUAAACAGAAUAGAUUCAAAUGAGGAAUCUUUGAACGGUAAAGGGUACGUGGAAAUGACUACCAUAGGACCUAAGUUGUCUCAAGAUUUCAAUGAGUUGGUGACCAACAAGGGGGGCGUUUAUUUGGAAGCAAUGUUGCAAGGAGACAAACAAGAUAGUAAUGAAGGGGAUUUGAUUGUGUUGGCAGCUGGAUCGGAACAGCUUUUUAACGAUUGCAUGUCUUGCUUCGGAUCUAUGUCAAGGGAAGUAUUUCUACUAGGUAGAGUAGGUUCAGCUUCCGGCUUGCAUAUUGUAUGCCAAAUGAUGAGAGGAGUCCUUGUGUCAUGCUUAGCGGAGGGCUUUGCAUUGGCAGAUCGGUGUGGCGUUGACCUUGACGCAUUUAAUCAUAUUUUCAAGCAGACGUGCAUGAUCAGCGAAUACUUGAAAAAAAAAGGUGAUAAAUUAGCUAAGACGAGUUUCGUUGAAGUUGACGAACCACUUCAAAAACUCCAUCAAGACUUAAUUCAAGGACUGGAUCUAUCUGACACGAUUGGAGCAUCAUCGCAAAUGGCAGCAAUGGUGAAUGAACAACUGAAAAGAUCCAUUAGAAGGGGACACGCUGACAUGGAUGUUGCAUCGGUUUAUGCAGGCAUCCGAUACUAGAAUAAUUAGUAGAACGGGGUCAUUUUGGCACUGGGGGUAACUGGCACAUGAGUCAUGUCUUUUUCUCUAUAUACAUGUUGUUUUAUGCAAUGAUCUAAUGUUAAGUUAUUAGAGUUAAGUUCAUCAAGUUUUUACAACAAAGCCAAGUGAUGGUAUUUAAAAAAAAAAAUGGUCACAAUCGAAAAAUGAAUCAAAAACGGUGCCAAAGAAAACUUUUGAAGCAGUCUUCUUGCUUAUUUCAAGCGAAAUACAUAGCCUGCCAAAGUUACCCCAAUCGUUUGCCUACCUUGGCAGCCUCUAAACAAUUUUUUUUCUCAGUUAUCUUCCCAUAUUUCCCAUUCAAAUUUUCAGCAUUUACAGCCUCAUUGAUGUUUGUUACAAUGAGAUUUUUCCUUGUAGAUUAUGUGUGAAGGUUUUAGGUCUAUUGUUAAAUAAUCAUAUGUCCUAAAAUCUGCCAAAGUAACCCCGUUUUACAUAGGUACUUCUUUACUAUAGCUUUAUACAAGUUUGAAUCAAUUGCAGUUUAAAUUUCGAAAUUUGUGAUAGCCGAGCCGUUGUCAUUUUAAUUGAUAAACUGUGUGAUUAUUUUCUAGAACGGUCCUGUUUUUUAAACUCGAAUAAAGCUUAUAGGUAUCAUUUUUUUCUUAGUCUUAGUUAUUUUUCUUUAUUAUUUUUUUUUUUCAUUAAUAAUAACCGACGAAAGUAUUAUAGCCAAUGAAUUAUUGAAAAAUUCACGUAGAAUAGGAGACAAUAGCAUGAAUGGUUGGCUUUUUUUUCACAUUAUUUUUUCUUAUUUAGUCUUAGUUUCUUAUUGUUGUACUUCCUAAUUUUGUUUUGUUUGUUUUUCUUUUCCAAAAAAAUAAUUAAGUUUUGUGUUUUUGUUUUGUCAUUAGCUUUUAAAUUUUUUUUAUUGAUUUGAUAAAUCGCAAAUUAGUUUCCUUUUCCAAAGAAAUAAGUACAAAUCACUAACAUUGUAAAUGAUCUGAUAACUGAUGACAAUAAGCAAAUUAUGGUAGGUACUUUAUAUUAGUUAUAGUAAGUGUAUAAGGGUAUAAGGGAA